AACCCCUACACACAGCCCCCCCCAAGCACCCCCCCAAACACUCCCCCCCACACACAGCCCCCCCAGACACAGCCCCCCCAGCACAGCCCCCACGCCCCGGCCCCUCAGGGCCUCGCGGUGCCCGUGAGCAACCCGCGGUGAGGGGUGCGUGAGGGGUGCGGGGGCUCAGCCACUAAUCCCCCCCCGGCCCGCUCCGGGAGCAGAUGGCGGGGCGGGCCGAGCCGACAAUCCCCCUAAUCCCGCCGGGGCAGCGGGGCUGAGCCAGGCCAUGGCGGGCACGAGGGCGCGCGGCCGCCUCCUGCACUCGCUGCUGGGCCAGGUGGGACCCCGGGGCGUGCGGGGGGCCGGGCGGGGGGCUGCAGGUCCCCUGCUGACUGCGCUGCCCCCCCAGCUGUGCUGCCGCUGCAGCUGUGGCCCCUGCGGCCGGCUCCGCGUGUCCACGGGCACCCGCGUCCUCUACACCCUCCUGCACGUCCUGGCCUCCACCGUGUGCUGCCUCAUGCUGUCCCGCACCGUGGCACAGGCCGUGAGGGAGAAGGUGCCCUUCUCGGCCGUGCUGUGCCAGCACCUGCCUGGCGGCACCGACUGCGAGCGGCUCGUGGGCUCCUCGGCCGUGUACCGGGUCUGCUUCGGCACCGCCUGCUUCCACCUGCUGCAGGCCGCCCUGCUCCUCAACGUGCGCUCCAGCACGGACUGCCGCGCGCAGCUCCACAACGGGUUCUGGUUCUUGAAGCUGCUGGUGCUGGUGGGGCUCUGCGCCGCCAGCUUCUUCAUCCCCGAGGACAGCUUCAUCCGAGCCUGGCACUACACGGGUGUCUGCGGGGGCUUUGCCUUCAUCCUCAUCCAGCUGGUGCUGAUCACCGCCUUCGCGCACACCUGGAACAAGAACUGGCUGACGGGCGCUGCGCAGGACAAGCGCUGGUACCUGGCCGUGCUGCUGGCCACGGCCACCUUCUACACCCUCGCCUCCGCCGCCUUCUCCUUCCUCUACAAGUACUACACCCACCCGGCUGCCUGCCAGCUCAACAAGGCGCUGCUCACCGUCAACGGCAGCCUCUGCGGCAUCGUGUCCUUCAUUUCCAUCACGCCCUGCGUGCGGCUCAAGCAGCCGCGGUCAGGGCUGCUGCAGUCCUCCAUCAUCAGCUGCUACGUGAUGUACCUCACCUUCUCUGCGCUGUCCAGCCGCCCUCCGGAGAGAGUGCUCUACAAGGGGCAGAACCUCACCGUCUGCUUCCCCGGCACCCGGCAGGAUGAGCUGCAGACAGAGGACACGACCGUUGCUGUCCUGGGGGCUGCCAUCAUGUACGCCUGUGUGCUCUUCGCAUGUAAUGAAGCCUCCUAUCUUGCCGAGAUCUUCGGGCCCCUCUGGAUGGUCAAAGUUUACAGCUUUGAGUUUAAAAAACCUUCCUGUUGCUUCUGCUGCCCAGAGAAGAUGGAGGAGGAGCUGAGAGGUGAGUGCCCAGGUCUGGGGAGAAGCUGCAGGAACACACAAACGUGGGCACCAGCAUCAGAGCCCAGGGGUGCGGAGGACAGGGUGCAGGAGCUGCUGUCAUCUUGCACUCUCCCAGGUGCGGAGCAGACGUGUGAGCCAGAGGAGCCUGCCGGGGGACAGUGCCUUGUCCAGGAUGAGCGAGACCGGGUGGUCUACAGCUACUCAGCCUUCCACUUUGUCUUCUUCCUUGCCUCGCUCUACGUCAUGAUGACCCUCACCAACUGGUUCAGCUAUGAGAACGCGGUGCUGGAGACCACCUUCACGCACGGCAGCUGGUCGACGUUCUGGGUGAAGGUGGCUUCGUGCUGGGCCUGUGUCCUGCUCUACCUGUGGCUGCUGCUGAGCCCCCUCUGCAUCCACAGCUCCCCCCAGCACCGGCGCAGCAGCCCAGCCCUGCGCGUCCUGCGGCGGCGGCGCGCCCCACACCGUAUCAGUGUCUCCACGUAGUCCCUGCUGGGACGGACUGCGCCCGGCCCCGUGCACGGGUUGUGCCCUGCUCCUGUGCCCGGGCACCGCCCAACCUCGUGUCCCAGGAAAAGGCAGCACCGGAGGAGGAUCGAGGAGGUGUGCGCUCUGCGACACCAGCCCGCAGGGACGCUGCUCCUGCCUUGAGCUGGAGCCAUCGGGGGCCACCCCGAGACCACCUGGGUGGCGGGUGCUCAGCCUCAGCUACAGCUGCGACCCCUCCAGCUAGGGAGGCAGCUCCUGCCCACGCACCCCCCUGGCAUGGCUCCUGCCCUGGCCUGGGGCCUGCCAGGAGAGCAGCACUCUGCGCUGGCCACCUCCACUUCAGCUCGCC